CGUGCAUCGUGUAGCUCAUAUUUCAUGCACCUUGAAAGGCUCGUGGCAGCGGUAGUGAUAGCUUACAUGUAGUAAAUCUAAUGGAUUUAAAGAUGAACAUAUCGAUUUAAUUUUAAUCCUAUUAAUUAAGGCAUCAAAGAAAAAGGAAAACGGACCGAGUCCAACUAAAAAAUCAGACAAGGAAGCUGAAACAAAGACAGAAUCCAAAACAGAAGAGUCGAACAACGAGCAGAAUAAGAAAGAAGAAGAAACAAACAAUCAAACUGAAACGGAACCACCACCUAAAAUGCCACCAUUGAAGAUGUGUAUAUGUGGCAGUGGAGAAGGUGCCCACUGUCUUGUUGGACUGGCGGCAUCGCAACCAGAUGUUGAAGUUCGUGUGCUCACUCUUCACGAAGAUGACGCAAAACUAUGGACAAAAGAAAUGAAAAAUAAUGAUUUAGUAGUUGUUAUUAACAACCGAAAUGGAACAUCGAGAGAAGUAAAAGCAAAGCCUGAAAUUGUAACAAAGAAUCCAGAAGAAGCUGUUGCCGGAAGUGAUUACAUUUUUAUGGCUGUGUCACCAACUUCUCAUGAUAUUUACUUCAAGGCAAUGAAACCCCACGUUGGUAAAAACACCUUGAUUGUAGGCUUACCUGGUUUUCCAGGUUUCGAAUAUCAAUGCAGGGACAUCUUAGGCGAAAAAUCGAUUCCCUGUACCUUGAUGAAUUUUAACGACUUACCUUGGGAUUGUAAACUCAUUGAAUUUGGAAAGAAGGUAGAAAUCGUAAAUUUUAGAAGCUAUCUAACUGGUUCUAUGAUUAGAGGUCGAGGAAUUUGUAGAAGGCCCCCACUGAUGACUCUCCAAAUGCUUCACGGUGCAGAACCUAUUUUUCGACAAUCGAAAAAUCAUCUGGAGUCUAUUCUUAUGUCUCAUUCAUAUAUUCGACCAGCAAUUAUGUUUGGCCAUUGGAAUCGUUGGAACGGUAAACCCAUCCCUAAAGCUCCUCUCUUUUAUGAGACAGUAACAAAAGAAACAGCAGAUCUAAUUUCUCAUUGCAGCGAUGAAUGUGUGCAAGUAGCUAAAGCUAUAAUGGGGAAAAGUGCAACAAAAAUAGAUCUAUCGGAAGUCAAACCGAUUUUCGAAUGGUAUCAAGAACUUUGUUCGAAUGAUGUUAACGUUUGUACAGAUUUGUUGACCGCACUUACAACAAGUAAAUUUGAUAAGGAUGUGACUCAUCAAAUGAAGAAAGAUAAUGGUGGAUUAGUUCCAGAUUUCCAUUGUGAGAGCUUAGUAGAAGACAUGCCUAUGGGUACAAUAGUCAUACGCGCACUUGCUGAUAUUGUAGAAGUUAAGACGACAAAUAUUAACAUGCUCAUUGAAUGGUGCCAACAAAAAAUGGGAAAAGAAUAUAUUAUCAAUGGUGAAUUAAAAGGCAAAGAUAUGAAAUCAACCAGAUGUCCACAACAAUAUGGAUUUACUACAUUAGAAUCAAUUAUUGCAUGCCAGAUAGAAUCAACAUUAGAAUCAACCAUUGCCAGCCAGAUAGAAUCAACAAGCUAAUGAAUCAGAAUUGUAGGGAUCCUAUUUAAUUUUGCUUUCCUGCACAUUGUUGACGGAGACAUUUCAAAGUAUACGCUUCAUUCCUGUGUAAAAGUCAUAUAUGUUAAAAUCUAUAUUUGCUACAGCAUCGAAAUAUUUUCAUUAAAAAUUCUACAAAUGA